ACAAUUUUCCUUCAUUUUUUCCUUCCAUUAAGCCGAAAAUGGGAAACGAAUCCUCGGUACCGAUUCACUAUGGAACAAAGCUACUAAAUGAUAUAAAUAUCGCGUGGAAAAAGCUAGAAAUGGACGCCAAAUUGCCAUCUCGAGAUGGACAUUGUGCCGCCGCCAUGGCGAACAAACUAUACGUGUUUGGCGGAGUUCGUUGGCUUUCUGAUAUCGGCGAAGCAGCAGAAUCCAACGAGAUUCUUGUUUUCGACGCUGAUUCUCACACGUUGAACAAGAUUGUAAUUGGAGGUCAAGUACCAUCAUCAAGAUCUUCUGCUUCUAUGGCUGGAGUUGGAAGUAAACUGUAUGUUUUUGGAGGACUAAGCAGAGACUAUGGAUGGCUUAAUGAUCUUUAUGCCUUUGACACUGAAACAAAGCAAUGGCAAAAUGUUGCAUAUGAAGGUACUCCUCCAUCUCCACGUGACAAGCUUACAUGUGUUGCUAUGGGAACCAAGAUUCUCUUCUUUGGUGGCUUUGGUCCUGUGGAAGAUACUGAGGCAGACACUUCUGAGCCAGAUCAAGCACAGUUUGGAUGGUUUAAUGAUCUCUUCAGUUUUGACACAGAGAACUGCACGUGGGAAAAACUGACUCCUUCAUUUACUGGAUGUCCAACACCUAGAGCAGCUCAUGGAAUGUGUGUUGUUGGAUCAAAACUUGUUAUCUUUGGAGGCAGAGACAGUGUUGGCAGGAAAAAUGACCUAUACAUUUUGGAUAUGGAAACUAUGGAGUGGAUUUCAACCCAAGCCACAGGACGACAACCAGAGCCUCGUUCAUUUCACACUUGCACUGCUGUGGGCAACAGAGUGGUAGUGUUUGGAGGGAGAAGCCUGGACAAUGCACAUUUUGAUGAUCUUCAUAUAUUCGACACAGACACAAAUGAGUGGCUCCAGCCAUUAUCAUCUGGGGACAAACCAUCUGCCAGGGGGGUACACACAGCAACACUGGUAGGAGACCAGUUCAUAUUGUAUGGAGGUUCUUCUGAUUUUUAUGAAGAAACUAUGCAGUGUCAGGAAUAUUAUGGUGAUGUCCAUCUAAUUGGAAAAGGUAAAUUUGUGUUGCUUGUAGCAUUUUACAGUUUGGCGUUAAUAAUAAACUGCAGUGCUUUCAAAUAAGAUAUUAGUUUCACGCCAGUGAAAUAUAGUCAAAGGAGCGUGACUUACCU